UCAUGCUGUUCUUCCCCCUACCCAUCAUGCACCGCGGCUUGUGUUUCUUCUCCAGUGUCGUGCAACUCGGUUCGGACGGGAUCACGCGCCGCCAAUGCUUCGGUCCAUCGCGGGGCUCUAAGCGAAACCGGAAUCUGGGAGCCUGGAGGAGCGGAGCCGCGCUCGCGGAUGCCGCUCACGGCGAGGGGCUCUUCCCGGAGGAAGAGGAGGAGGAAGGCAGCGGAGGAGCAGCCGGAGCCCGCGGAGACCCCAGCAGAGGUGAUGGCGCCCACCAGGAUGAAGCUGCGUCGCCGUGACAACGCCGCUGCUGGUCCCUCAGGAGGAGGCGAUGGUCCGGGAGUGGAGACCCGAGGGGCCACCCGGACCAGCAGCAGGAGGAAGAACAAAGCAGCCGCCGCCUCCUCCUCCUCCCUGCGGGCGGCCAUAGCGGUGGAGGAGACGUCGCCGGACUCCAAGUGCCCCAUCUGCCUGGACCGCUUCAACAACCUGGCGUACCUGGACCGCUGCCUGCACCGCUUCUGCUUCCCCUGCAUCCAGGAGUGGUCGCACAACAAGGCGGAGUGUCCGCUCUGCAAGCAGCCCUUCUCCUCCAUCCUGCACUCCGUCCGCGCCGAGGACGACUUCAAGGAGUACACGCCGCAGCCCGCGCCCCCCCACAGCAGCGUGGCGGCCACCGUCGCCAUGGUGGCGGCCAUGGCGGCGCGGAGCGACCACCACAUGCGGCUGAUGCUGAGGAGGCACCAGGCGGAGGACGGCAGGGAGACCGCCACCCGGAGGCGGAGGAGGGAGCGGGCAGCCAGGGCCGGAGCGGCGGAGGACAGAACAGGGUUGUGGGAGUGGUACCUCGGCUCCCGCCAUCUUCCCGUCACGCCCUCGCCUCCCUCCACCGCACUCCUGAACUUCAGCACCACCAGUGAGCGCGCUCGCCGGCGCCACGUAAACCUGCUGGCGGCGAGGCAGCGGCUGAAGAGGCAGAGGCUGGCUUACCGCCGCACCCUCUACCGCCACGGAAUACGGGUCCGCGGCGUUGCCGGGGUGACCGGCCUCGAAGGCCAGCGUGACAUCACAGCAGAGAGCUUCCGCCAGAACCCCGCCCACCUGAACAGACUGCGGCGCUGGGUCCGCCGGGAGCUGAAGGUGCUGUACGGCGCGCACGCCACCUUGGUGGACAUCGUCCAGCGCAUCGUCAUGGAGCGCAUGGCGUGCCACGGCCUGGACGACACCGCCGCCAUGGAGGAGGAGCUGCGGCCCUUCCUCCUGGGCCGCACCGAGCACUUCCUGCACGAGCUGCUCAGCUUCGCCCGCUCGCCGCUCGCCAUGGACAGCUACGACAUGCAGGCGGAGUACGAGCCGCUGCCCGGCACCCUGGAGCUGGACGGCCUGAGCAGCUCCUCCAACAGCAGCUCCGUCAUCGCCAUCUCAGAGGAGGAGGGGGACAGGGGGGGGCGGUCCCUGGGCGCCAGCGAUGAUGUCAUCCAGUCGGGAAGCUGCCUCAGCCAAUCAGGCUGGGACGACGAGACUCCAGGCCCCUCCUACUCCACUGCUGAGCCAUCGCCUCAGCACAACUCAUUCAGCCCCGCCCACCAGGAGCCACCCAAUGAGGAGCCAGCAAGGACGGGGGAGGAGGAGGGGGAGGAGUGUGAGAUCGUGGGAUACAAAAAGCCGAUCGCGGAGCGCACCCCCGAGCUCGUCCAGCUGUCUUCCGACUCAGAGGAGGAGGAGCAGAAGAAGGAGGCGGAGCCUGAGGAGAAAUCUGCACCUCCCACCACCUGCACUCCCCCCGCUCCUCCCUCCACAUCCACCGACUGCAAGGAGGUGCCGGAAGCUCAGAGGACCUCUGAGGGAGCGGCGGCCUGUCGCGUUCGCUCGUGGUCGGGAAGCUCCGAGGGCAGCCGCAGUUCUCUGCGCUCGCUCAGCCCGGCCACGCCCCCAUGGCGAGGGCCCGGUGGCGCCUCGAGGGAGGGGAAGUCUGCAUGCAGAGAGAGGAGGACCAAAUCACAGAGGGGGGGCUGCGGGAGGAAGAGCGGCACUCUCUGCAACCCCAACCGCUCCAUUUACCCCCCCAUGCUGCGCCGCUGCUCGCCGCUCUCCAGCUCAGACUCCUCCCCCGACCCCACCUGGGAGCUGCGUGGCGCCCAGGUGUCCCCGCUCUCCUCACUCGUGUCCACUCCUUCCUGCUCCUCCUCCUCGUCGCCUCUCUGCUCCUCCCCACCUCCACGAACGCCGCCCACCCCCACGCUUUCCCCCGCUGAGCGGCCUCACCAGGCGGAGAAACCCGGCGGGAAGCGGAAGUACAAGAGCCGCCAUCUGGACGCCGACGCCAAAGACCCGUCAUGGAGGCCGAAGGGAGGCAAGAAUUCAAGGAAGAAGAAGAAGAAGAGGAGCCAGAGGGAGGAGUCUAAGUGGGCGACCGACAGCGUCCAGAGCAGGAGGUCCAGGGAGGAGCGCAGUCCCAGCGUGGAGAUCAUCUACGAGGGCGUGGCCAGCUCCACGCAGACGCCACUCAGACGCCGCAGGAAACGGCAGCGCAGGACGCAGCUCAGCAGCCCCCCCGUCAUCAUCACUCUGGACAGUGACAGCAGCCCUGGCCCCGCCCACAACAGCGCCAGCAGCAGCCCGCUCAGCAGCCAGCAGACCGUCGACUUCUCCGACCUCCCCCCCCUCUCUCUGGCGCACUCGGCCGGCGUGGGCCGGGCUCUGGACGUCGGGGAACUUCCUGCCAACAUUUUGGAUCCGGGUUCAGAGGGGUCCGAUCCGGAGCUGGCGGGUCGGUCCCAGAGCCGCAUUGACAUCCAGAGCGAGAGCGACGUGGAUGUGGAGAAGGUGGAAGGCGCCGGCGAGGACGGACCAAUCACAGCAGCCGACACUGAAGGUGCUGACACAAGCCGGGCCCCCACCCCCAAAGCAGAACCCGACGGCACCGGACCUGGGGGGAGUGGGGUGUUAUCCCCCCCACUAAUCCCCCUCUCCCCAACCAUACCACCCCCCCCUACAGAUACAGACAGCAAGUGCAGGGACGCACCCCCCCUCCCCAAAUGGGCCGGUCCCAUCCAACCGCACAGCAGGAACACCCCGCCCCCCUUGAAACACAAAGACGCUGGCUGUCCUCAGUGGCCCCCCCUGUCUCCCAGUAAGACCCGCCCCUCUGAGCCCCCGCUACUGGGGGAGGGCCCAACCAUCCCCCACUUUGUGACGCUAAAGAGACCCCCCCUGAAGGCUGGGCUUGGCCCCCACACCCAGCCCCUCCCCUCCUGUGGCUCUGAUCCCAGCCCCCCCAGUUCUGAGAAAACAAGCAGCUCCUCGUAUGACCCCCCACUUUCUGUUUACCCUUCCCCCUCCUUUCGCCUCCAUUCACCCCCCCACACUGACUCUACCUCCACCGUCCUCCACCCCCCCAGCUGUGCUGCUGCUGUGGGCGGAGACUUUCUCUCAGGAGUGACCUGCAGGCCCGUUUUAGCCCCGCCCACCAACUGUCUGCCAGCCCCAAAGGGGGAGGAGCUUUCUGAGAUGCUGAGCAGACUCCGCUCAGUCCUGAAUGCCCCCGACCCCCACCCAGUUAGCCCCCGGCCCCCAUACGGCACCCCCUCUCCCGCCUACAAUGCAGAUCAGCCCCAGGACCGGAACAGUCCUGACCCCCCCGCCGACUUCCGUUUGGACCGCCUCCUGAACCACACGGCCUUAAUGCCCCCCACCUCCGACCCCCACCCGCUUCCCAGGAAGUUCAGGGCUGAGGCCGACACCUCACCCCCCCACAGACUUCCAGAUGCCCUCAGACAGUCUGAACCCAGCUGACCAGAACCAGAACCGCUUUGCUUCUGAGACUUUUUCUGAAAUAUUUAUUUUUUCUACUGUUUGCAUCUAUUGUCUCCAUGAAAGAUGGAGGACCCGCCAAACGCAGGAAAGCUGGGACCAAACGAGCCGGAACCAGAACCAUCAACCGUCCUAUCAGAACCAGAGAUCAGUUCUGCUGCUUUUCUGUGAGUUCUGUGGUUCUGGCCUUAGAUCUCCUGGUGAAGGUCCGUUCCUGUCAGGUCUUUAAAUAAACGCUACCAACACCUGA